AACAGUAGGUGGCAGUCAGGUACUUUAUUACUCCGUGGCGAAGGCGAUUCUGCAGAAGGAAAGCCAGGCGCGUGUAUAUGACGUCAAUAAAGUUUACAUGUGUGGCAUGACAGAAAAUGGCUGCAGCAGAUGAACAGCAGCAAGUUCACAGACCUGGAGCUUAUAAACAGAAAAACAAACAGCACAAGCAUGGAAAACACCGAACUAAAGGCGAGAUCGGGCGGGAGAAUAAGGGUAGAGUUGCUGUCAUGGCUCUCACCAAGAAACAGAGAAGAGUGAUAAGGAAAAUGGACCGCAGAAACAAAGCCAACCAGCUGCGUCGCAACAAAAAAGACUCGGUGCUGACAGAGAAAAGGAAGCUGGGCAGCAGGGAUGGACCCCCUCAUCUGGUGGCAGUCAUAGCCCUUCACGCACGAGUGGAUCCUGGAGCUGUCACCAAAAUAUUGAGAGGUGAAGGACUUGAUGGCGUGGUGCACGAGGAUCAAGGAGUCACUGGGGCUAAGAACAGUUUUGGUCUCGUUCUACCCCGCUUUAAACAGAGAUUCACUUUCUACACACCAGACACAGCUGAUAUGCAUUCACUCCUGGAUGUAGCGAAGGUUGCAGACAGUUUAGUGUUUGUGUUAGAGUCGACUGAAGGUUGGGACAGCUAUGGAGACUACUGCCUGUCCAGCCUCUUUGCCCAGGGGUUACCAAGUCAUGCACUGGUGUGUCAGGGAGUGGCUGAUCUAGCGGUGAAGAAACGCACCGAGUCUCGAAGGGCGCUCUCUCGCUUGGUAGAGUCUCGUUUCCCAGAAUCGCGUCUCUUCCCUGCGGACAGCGAGCAGGAUGCCACACUAUUGCUGAGGCACCUGUCGGCACAGAAACAGAGACGGCUGGGUUUCCGCUCACGACGUUCAUACCUGCUGGCUCAGCGAGCCACAUAUAUACCAAACUCCAGCCAGAAUGGGACAGGGGGCCCAGACACAGGGUUAGGAACCCUCUGCGUGUCAGGAUAUGUUCGAGGCUGUCCUCUACAAGUCAACAGGCUGGUGCAUAUCACAGGUCAUGGAGACUUCCAGCUUAGCCAGAUCGAUGCUCCUGUAGACCCUCUACCCAUAGUGACCGCAGCCCCUCGCCCAGCGAAGCCAGGACGAGAUGUAGAGAUGACGGAUGGUGGGGAUGGAGAGAUUCGGGUGUUAAUGAAAGCAGACCCUGAGAAGAGAGAGAGCCUGCAGGCGGAGGCAGAGGUGGAUCCCAUGGAUGGGGAGCAGACGUGGCCCACAGAAGCAGAGCUGGAGGAGGCAGAAGAUGGCAUAAAGAACGCGAGAGUGAUGAAGGUACCAAAGGGGACAUCUGACUAUCAGGCCAUAUGGAUCAAUGAUGAUGCUGAGGAGGAAGAGGAUGAUGAUGAUGAUGUUGACAGUUGUGAUGAUGACGAAGAUGGGAUGAUGGAUGAUGAAAUGGAUGGUGAUAAUGAGUCUCAGGACGCUGGUUCUGAAUGCGCAUCUGAAGGAGAUGACGAUGUGGAAGAAGAAGAAGAAGAAGAGGAGGAGGAGGAGGAGGAGGAGGAGAUCAGUUCCUCCGGGCACACCGGAGGCGAUCAGAAGUAUGACAAAGAAAUUGACGAGGCUGAGGAGGGAGAGGGGCUGAGGAGGUACAGAGAAGCACGUGCUAAUGAGAUGUUCCCAGAUGAAGUCGACACUCCCCUAGACGUCCCGGCCAAGACACGGUUCCAGAGGUACAGAGGUCUAAAGAGUUUCCGUUCCUCCCCAUGGGACCCCCUGGAGAACUUGCCCCCCAACUACUCGCGCAUCUACCAAUUCCAGAAUUUUGAGCGCAUGCGUCGCCGAAUAUUUGCAGAUGCUGCUAGCGAAGAGGAAGGAGCGAUGGUAGGCUGGUAUGUGACUCUUCAUAUUGUGGACGUUCCUCCCUCAGUAAUGGAGAGCUUUCUGACCGGAAAGCCAUUAGUGAUGGUUUCCCUGCUACCACAUGAACAGAAGAUGUCAGUGAUGCAAAUGUUGGUGCGGCAGCACCCGAGCAACACAGAACCCGUCAAGUCUAAAGAAGAGCUGGUGUUUCAGUGCGGAUUCAGGCGCUUCAGAGCCUCAGCCAUCUUUUCACAGCACACUUCUGCUGAUAAACACAAGUUGGAGCGGUUCCUGCGUCCUGAUGCUCCUACAGUGAUGUCUGUCUAUGCCCCCAUUACCUUCCCCACAGCUGGUGUCCUGGUCUUCAAACAGAGAGACAAUGGUAUGCAGGACCUGGUGGCCACAGGUACUCUUUUGAGCUGCGAUCCUCGGCGAGUGGUUUUGAAGAGAAUUGUGCUGAGUGGACACCCUUUCAAAAUUAACCGGCGCUCUGCUGUGGUCCGUUACAUGUUCUUCAACAGAGAUGAUAUUCUGUGGUUUAAGCCUGUUGAACUACGUACAAAAUGGGGACGAAGAGGACACAUCAAGGAAGCUUUAGGUACUCACGGCCACAUGAAGUGUGUCUUUGACAGUCAGUUGCGCUCGCAGGACACAGUGCUGAUGAAUCUGUAUAAGAGGGUGUAUCCUCGCUGGACCUAUGACCCCUAUGUCCCCGCCCCUCUGCCCUGGGUCAAGAGAGAGGAGCCACCGGCGUUCUGUGACAUUGACAUGGAUUAGAGGCAGGAAGUUAUGAACUGAAAGCAAUGGAAGCAUAACAUGACACUGACUGCUUGUGUCACAGCUACUCGGAUAUUGAUUCUCUGUACUUUAAUUGACAAUUAAAUGUCUAUAUAUAAUAUCUGUGCUUGUUUGAGUGUUCUUCAAGCAUUUCCCAUAGUUUCAUUUGAUCAAAUCCCUCAGUGACCACUAGAUGGCAAACAUGUAUUAAAGUGAAAAUGGUUUCUUUCCUCAGA